AUGAGUCCUAUAGAAAUGUUUGUGCAGGGCGAAGCGCCGGCUCCAGAGCCGCAUCCACGCGGGGGCCGCCGCCGCCUGGGCCCGAGGCGCCGCCGCCGCUGCCGGGGGAAGAAGCAUCUCAGUGUCGCAUUCUGGGCCGCGCCGCCGCCGCCUGGGCCCGGCUCCCGCUGCUGCCGGGGGAGAGCCGGGCUGGGGGAGGGUGUGGGUGGGUGCCGGCGGUGGGUCCCGGCCGCGCCGCCCGCCCGCCUGCUGCACUCUGGGUACCGCCCGGCCCGCGGGAGGCACCCGGCUGUGCGAGCCGCGAGAGGCGGGCGCUCCACACCCCCUGCCCGGCCCGGCCCCCGCGCCCCGCACCCCGCACCCCGCACCGGGGCUCCCCGGCAGCCCCCGGUGCCCCCGCGGGCCCGGGCGACAAGGCCUGGGCGUCGGGACGGGAAACAGCGCCCGUGA